AAACCUUGUCAUGUUCAAAAAGCCGGUGACUUCUUUAAAGUCUUUUAGUGCUUUAAGGUCCUCUGAUAGAAGACGUUUUCAAACUGAAGCUUAUGACGCGUAUCCUGAACUUAAAGAACAAUGUACUCAACAAAAUAUUCACGUAAUGCCUGAUACUCUUCAAGCUGCCAAAUUUGUUUCUCAUAUUGAACGACCUGGUAUCAUCUACAAAGCAGACGGUAAACCUACAUGGUUUAAAACGUUAGAUUCUCCUCCUAUUCCAACUGUCUAUACUUUAUGGCGAUAUCCUACUAUAUUACCUACACUUUAUACUUGGGGUCCAGUGGUUCAAAAACUCAUAGAAGGCGCAGAUCUCAUGAUUCCUGGAUUAGUGAAUGGUCCUGAUGGUACCUUACCUUCAGUGAAAGAAGGUGACUUGGUGGCGAUCACUAUCAGAGGUUACAAAUAUCCUUUGGCAGUGGGGAAGAUGGCAAUCUCAAGUUCAGAUAUCAAGGUACGAUCUGGGAUGAAAGGAAAGGCGGUUUAUGUUUUACAUGUUUAUCAUGACUUUUUAUGGGCUAUGGGUGAUAAAUCGGAACCUCCUGAAAUGAAAGAUAUAUCUGAUGAUGAAUACAUGGAAGAGGAAGAUGAAAAUGAUAAUCAACAACAAGAUGACAAUCAAACAACAGUAGAAGAGAUACAACAAUCAUCUCAAGUCUCUACAACAAUGAAGGAAGAUACAUCUAUGAACUAUACUACUAGCGAAAUUGAUGAUCUGUUGAAAGAAUCACUUUAUCAAGGUUUAUUAUUCAAGUUGACUCCAGAAAAGGGGACAUCUGUACUUCCCAUAUCAGCAUCCUCUUUAUAUACUGCAUACAUUCUCCCUAGUAGACCAAGAAGAGGUGGUUUGGAAGUCGAUAUCAAGAAAUCCAGUUGGAAAAAGGUACAAAAGUUUUUGAAAACAAUGGAAAAGACUGGAUUAUUGAAACUCAAGGAACAACGUGGAGAAACCAAUGUCACUACAAUCAAUUGGUCACAUCCAAGCUUACAAGGAGUCACGCCAUACAAAACUGUGGAAAAGCUGAUGUUAGAACAACAACAACAACAACAACAUUUAUCAACACCAUCCUCUAUUGAAAACCAACCGACUGGCAAAUCUAAUACAAUCUCGGCAGAUACAUCUUCGUCCGAUCAAAUCCAAAUUCUCGACAUGUACAAACCUAUAGGGUCAACUAUCCCUCUUUUUGAACUCACAAAGAAUGAUAAAACAGCCUUGUAUUCAUCUGUGGAAGUACGACAAAUUAUAUUGGAAUAUAUAAAAGCUGAAAAUUUAGUGGAUUCCAAAAAUCAACGUAUGAUCAAUAUGAAUCCUAUAUUAACUGAUGCUAUCUUGAAUAAAUCAGAAUAUCAAACUGUGAAUCAACUUGGUCGAGAUCAAAUUGUACAACGAUUACUAUCGAAAAUGCAACCAUUCCAUUUGGUGACUUUACCGGGAAAGGAACCGAUUUUAAGAAAAGGAAUACCCAAAGAAAUUGAAGUGACACAAGAAAUUCGACAAGGACGAAAAACGGUGACUAAAUUGACAGGCAUGGAAUCUUUUGGAUUGGAAAUUGAUGAUCUUUGUAAAGAAUUGACAAAACUUUGUGCUAGUAGUGCUACUCAUAAUCAAAUUCAUGGUACAAGUCCCAAAGCACCUUUAUAUGAAAUAAUGGUUCAAGGUCCACAAAUGAAACAUGUAUCUGAAUUGUUAUUAAGGAAAGGUGUACCAAAGAAACUCAUUAUGGUGAACGACAAGACAGCCAAAAAAGGAAAGGGUAAAAAAUAGUUUAGUGUAGUUUAGACUUCUUUUUUUUUUACAUAUAUUUUUUAAUGUUGUUAUUUUGAAAUGUAAAUAAAUAAAUAAAAAAAAAAC